AUGGCGCAAGGCGACCCCCCACGACCCCUUGACGAAGAGGCGGCCCCGACACCGAGUAGGCGCCGAUUCAACGCGAUCGAGCCUCCUGACCGACUACGCGACAUCCCUUCUGCGAUCCUCCAUCAACCCGAAGACACGCAGAAUGAUAUCGAUAUGCCUCCUACCACCUCGAAACAGCGUCGUCGUGCAUCCAGCCAGGGCGCUUCUCUCGACCAAGAUGUGCAUUUAGUCGAAAAGAUCACGGAACAUCACGACGAAGGAGAAGCUCUGGCGGGAACGGCGGAGGGGGAGGAAUCGGUCUUGUACCUGGCGUACGGAUCUAAUCUGGCAUCUAAAACCUUCCUCGGCAUGCGCAAGAUCAAACCGCUAUCGCAGAUUCCCGUGCUUGUACCAGAGCUUCGAUUAACAUUCGAUCUACCGGGUAUUCCGUACGUCGAGCCGUGUUUCGCAGGCACGGAUUUCCGGAACCCAGAUGCUCCCGAAGAGCAGGAUUCUGAGUCUAGCAAUGAUGAGUCAUCGGACCUGGAUGGGGAAUUUUUGUCGGAAAAGGCACCGUUGAUGGUCGAGACACGGGAGCUGCGAGCGUGUUCUCGCACGCGUCAAUGGAACAAGCCGCUGGUUGGGGUCGUAUAUGAAGUGACACUGGCAGACUAUGCCAAAAUCAUCGCCACGGAAGGAGGCGGUCGCGGAUACCGAGACAUCGUGAUAGACUGCCAUCCUUUCUCCGACGGUUACAAGUCUACUGACCCGGUACCUAAUCAUCCCAACACGCCAUCUUUCAAGGCGCACACUCUUCUCUCCCCGGCAGCGGAUGACGCUCGCAAGCAACGCGAGGCUCUCCAGAACGGCCACAAGCCUGCGGCGUUAAGCCCAUACCCGGGAGCCUCCCUAUUCGAUUUAGGUCCCCAUAUGCGUCCUGAUCCUAAUUAUGCUCAACCAUCCGCUCGCUAUUUAAACCUGCUCGUUACCGGUGCAGGCGAACAUGACCUUCCGGUGUCAUACCAGAAAUAUUUGUCUGAAGUCCACACAUAUCGAAUCACUACAAUACGCCAGAAAAUUGGGAAAGUGAUCUUCUUGCUCUUGUGGGGCCCAGUUGUCCUCUCCUUGCUUGGAUUGUCGAAGAGGUGUGCGGGUCCCGAUGGCCGCAGUCCCCCAUGGUUGGUCUCAUUAUCUAACCUGGUGUUCGCGGGUCUCUGGAAUAGUUAUGAUCUUUUCUUUAGAAGAGUAUUUGGUGACGGUGAGCGGACAUUGGAUAGUUGA